CCGGUCGGCUAACGGUAGUUAGCUAAAGGCUAACAAGUUUAGCAUGUUGAACUCAACCUGGAGCUGCUUUUUGAAAACCAAGUGUUCAGGUGGGACAACCUGUUCAUAGAAGAACCGUACGUCAUACUCUUCACAAAACUGACAUGAUCGUGGCCCAUCCAGAGGCCAAACUUCCGGCUCAAUGGCCGCUGGAUCCUGGGAGGAUACGCAGGGCUCAGAAGAAAAUAUUGAACUCUGCUUGCUGAGAGGAAUCCUUAAGGAGAUCAACAAUUAUUGAGCAAAAACAGCUCGACGUGAGAUUUGCGUGUGCGCAUGCGCCUUGAAGGAAAAACAAGGAAGUUUUUCCCUCAAUGGAAACACUGUGAAUGGGACAGAACUUAGCAUCACAGCGAGGCUAACUGAGUUUAUUCUGCCUCAUGUAAAGAACUCGUAUAAAAAGCUGUAAAUGACUGGGACUACCAGCCUGCAUUUCUCUGCCCAAACAGCUGUUAUGCUACGCUAACGGACGUUGGAAGCAACAUGUUGACAGCUGGAUUAUCCAACAACAAGGUCAAAUAUUCUCGACUGGCAGCUGACGACGAUGGCUACAUCGACCUGCAGUUCAAGAAAAGUCCACCAAAGAUCCCGUACAAGGCGAUUGGCGUGGCAGUAAUCUUGUUCCUGAUUGGCUCCUUGCUGAUCAUUUUGGGAGCCCUGUUUCAGACCGGGAUCAUCAAUGUCGAGAAUCCCAACCGCACCGUCCCCAUCAUCGUCAUAGGCCUCCUGGUCUUCCUGCCCGGCUUUUACCACGUCAGGAUCGCCUACUACGCCGCCAAGGGUUACCGCGGUUACUCCUACGAUGACAUCCCGGACUUCGGCGACUGACCCGGGCGACUGUUUACGCUCUGACUCGACUGUAGCAGAACGAGGAGAGCGGCGGAGGCCGACAUGUUGCAGCUUUGCUGAAAUGUAUAACUGUGAGAUGUUUCUUCUUUGCUCUGUUUGCUCGUUUCUCGUUGGCUUUUUGAGCCUCCACGCCGAAACACGAGCGACCUCAGAGACUCAAGCUGCUUUAUUAGCAGCAGAGGAAGCCGGGCUGCAAAAACUCGACACAGAAAUCAUAUUUCUUAUUUACCGUCGCUCCACUGUGGCUGUAGCUCUAGUGUGUUUGCAAUAUAAUCCAAAGUAGAAAAGUUUUUUUUUUUUAAAGGUGUGCAGGUAUAUAUUUUUUAAAGUGUUUGUUUGAAAGCAGUGUUUCUUUUUGUUAUGCUGGAGUGACAAGAACGAAUGUUUUGACUUUGCUGCAAUGAAGCAGAAAAUUAAAUGUUGGGUGUUUUAUUAAAUGUUACGUGUUUUAAAUGUCAUCAGUAUGUCAAGAAUAUUAACAAAUGUGGUUUAUUUAAGGUUUUAAUCAAAAUUGUGAUGGCAUGUUAGGGUAAUUAUAGACGAGGGGACACAGGGAGGAAAUUUCUGCUAAAAAAAUCUGAGAUUUUCUAGAAAAAUCAAGUUUGAAAUUUGGAAAAUUUGCUAGAAAAACAUCCAAAAAUUUUUAGAUUAAUUUCAUAAAUAUUUGAGAAAAAAAUCUAGAAAUCUUCUGAGGUAAAUUUCAAAAUGUAUUUAUUUUUUGGCUUUUCAAAUUCUGAAAUUUUUCUUGAUUUCUCUGAAAAUUUUUGAAAUUAUUCUUAGAAUAUCUUGAGGUUUUGGCAGAAAUGUACUCUUAUAUUUAUAUAAGUAUACAAUGGCCAAAGUAUGCUGUUUUACUUUACCAGUAUUGCCAAUAUCAAUUAUGUUAUUUAUAGGUAUAUACUGUGCUAAUAUUACUAACAUGCUGUUAAUAUUUGACAUUUUGCAUUGAAAAGUGUAAUUUGUCAAUGUUUUUUUUUCUUUUAACUUAAUUUGGAGUUUUUAUAUAAUGUAAGGUAUAUAUAUAUAUUAUCUUUAAAAUACCAACAUCAGUUGUAAUUAUAUAAGUUAAUUAAAUUACUACUUAAUUAAGUUAAAUAAAUUGGUAUAAAAUGUAGAAAAAACGUUCUUUUUUGUGUCAGAUUACAUCAUUUUAAAUCAGAUGUUCUGAUCCGUUAAUAUUUCUGUUGCCUUUUAAACAAAUGCUUUUUCACUCAGUUAUCUGGAGAGCUACUUUUCACUUUAACUUGAGUAAAAAUGUGUUGAAGUACUGUUA